GUGCCAUGGACGGGUAAUGAAAUAAGCUGUUCAUGAAAAACACUGAGGCACAUCAAGACAUGACUGAAUAGCCUGGGAGUUUCAACACCGGUGGUGAUCUUUGCACUUAAAGAGUCACGAACACGUUGGCCCAAAAGAAAUGAAUGUCCAGACGCCCUGUGAAGAUGCUGCCUGUGGAUGUGACAGAUGAGGACGACAUGAGAGAACAGGAGUACGUCUUUUUUAAAAACCAUAUUUUUUAAUCUAUAGUUUCGGAGGUAUGGGUUGCUCACCUUUUUUGGGUGUGUCUCCACAUGACAGAAGCACAGCCAUGAUUUUAUGAGCCUCAAGUGUUUAAAACUUGUUUGAAAUACAAUCCACCAUGAUCAAACGGUGGCUGCUGGCCCUGGUGGCCCGUGUCGGCCUUAUAGUGAUGGGCCUCUGCUGCUGUCUGCUGCUGUUCUACCUCCUGGCCUGUAAACCUGCGUCUCACAGCAGCCAGCCGUCUCUGCUGUGGUCUGGAGGGGCCACCAGUAAGGAGGGAUACAUGGCUUUGUUGCAGGAGAGGGAGGACUCUCACAGACAUUACAUCAAUAGCCUGACAAAGCAGAUGGCCCAGCUGAAGGAAGCUCUCCAGGAGAGGACACUGCAGCUCCAGGAGUCCCUGGAUAAAGCGAAGACCAGAGGGAUUCUGCCUCAGGGGCUGGAGAGUCUGCACAAAACUCCGACACAGUCUGACCUGAAGGAGUUUUUUCGCUCCCAGCUGAACCAGGCGGAGGUGAACUCAGGUGUAAAGCUGCCCAGCGAAUAUGCAGUGAUUCCUUUUGACACUUUGACUCUGCGGAGGGUGUACCAGCUGGAGACGGGGCUGACCAGACACCCUGAGGAGAGGCCUGCGAGGAAGGACCGCAGGGACGAGCUGACGGGCACAGUUGAGACAGCUCUGCACAUCCUGAAUGGACCUCAGCAACACACGGACAACACCAGGCGGAAGCACACGUUCUCGCCUUCAGACUUCAUAGAGGGGUUGACUCGUACAGAGCGGGACAGAGGGACGGUUUAUGAGCUGACGUUUAAAGGCGACGGGCCGCAGGACUUCACGCAGCUGGUGUUCUUCAGGCCGUUCGGGCCCGUGAUGAAGGUGAAGAGCGAGGCCGUGGACACGCGCAGCAUGCUCAUCAACAUCAUCGUACCUCUUUCCAAGAGGCCGGACACAUUCCGGCAGUUCAUCAACAACUUCAGAGAAGUGUGCAUCCAGCAGGACGGCAGGGUUCAUCUCACUGUCGUCUACUUUGGUCGAGAUCAGAUAGACCAGGUGAAAUCCAUGCUGGACCAGACCACCAGAGAGACUCGGUUCAGGAGCUUCACGCUGAUCCAGCUGAAUGAGGAGUUUUCUCGCGGCCGAGGCUUAGACGUGGGUGCCAGGGCUUGGAGGCGGAGCCAGAAUGUCUUGCUCUUCUUCUGUGAUGUGGACAUCCACUUCACAGCUGACUUCUUAACUUCCUGUCGUCUCAACGCAGAGCCUGGUAAGAAAGUGUACUACCCCGUGCUCUUCAGCCAAUACAACCCAUCUAUCAUCUACAGUAAUCAGACACUUCUACCCUCUCUUCAACAGCAGCUGGUGAUAAGGAAGGAAACUGGUUUCUGGAGAGACUUUGGGUUUGGCAUGACAUGCCAGUACAGGUCUGAUUUCCUCAACAUAGGUGGUUUCGACCGGAACAUCAGAGGUUGGGGGUUGGAGGAUGUGCACCUGUACAGGAAGUACCUUCACAGUAAGCUGAUGGUGAUUCGGUCUCCGUCUCGCGGCCUUUUCCACUUGUGGCACGAGAAGAACUGCGCAGAUGAGCUUCCUCCGGACAAGUACAAGAUGUGCAUGCAGACCAAAGCCAUGAGCGAAGCCUCCCACAGUCAGCUGGGGGAGCUUUUCUUCAGACAAGAGAUCGAGGCUCAUUCGAACAUCAAGCAAACCGACAAAGGAGCAUAACGAGAAUGACUGAGUUUAGGGACUGUUAUGAUCGUUAUGUGUGUUCUGGCUCUGGUUUUUUUGUGAUAUUUGCGGUAACUUACAUCACCUGAAAUCAUGCUAGAGAACGGGGUGUUCAGGUAAUGUUAAGAGAGAAUACAAAAGGUGAUUUACUCUAAUUAUUUAUCUAUAUGCAAAGAAAAAACUUGCAAGGAAUUGAGAUCAAAACAUAUUGUGCUUGAUUAAAUUUUUUGUGUU